AUGAAUUCAGUUAACCUACCUGUCCAACAAGGAACACAAGUAUUAGAGCGCGCAUGUGCUGCGAUCGUGCGCGAUGACUGUGAGACUUUUCGUUCACCGGUCACGCCCCCGCCUCGUCAACGGUUGCUGCUGCAGCAGCAGCAGCCACAACAACAACAACAACUGGAACAACAACAACAACAACAACAACAACAACAGCAGCAGCAGCAGCAGCAGCAGCGAGCAGUAAUUGAAUACGUCGACAACGACAACCGACUACCGACCUUACCUGUAACGUGUAGGAAUCCGUAG